AGCACUAUAUUUAAUUAAUGAUAUAAUUCAAAAAUUUACAAACAACUUCAACUGAUGAAACGGGCAUCCGAGGUUGUUUUUGAUAAAAAUGACCGAGUAGUUCCAAAUGACGCAUUGAACGUUAGGUCGAAAUCUUCUCAACCAAUAGAAAUGGUUCCGUUUUCCCACAAACAAUGAGUGAACGAGAUAAAUGAGCACUUGCUUUUCAGCUGCAUUAUCUAAAUCACGUUUCAAUUUCUUCAGACUAAAAUGAAUGAAAAUACAGGAUUAGAAUCAAUUUCUCGGGAGGCAAUACAGGAGGCAUUUCGGAAGACAAAAGAGGAUGUGCACUUGCCAAUAGGUGAGCUUACACUGAUUACAGAAGACAGGUACAAAGAAGUUCUAGAAAAGGUCCAAGAAUGUUUCGUUCUCGAUGAGCCAAUUGGAAAAGCUGUAGGCAUUAAGUGGUCCCCAUUCUUGGAAUCAUUCUGGGUAAAGGCGCUUAAGACAGGGAUAUCAUUGAUGGUAGUUAAUCCCGAAGACAACGAUAUCAUUGGCUUCCGAAUAAGUGAAUACUCAUUAAGAAAAGAAAAAAUGCCGGAUUUGAGUACGCUGGAAGACGAUAGCCUGAAAAUAAUGGGUGCGUUCUUGCUUCAUGCCUCGGGGAAAGCGAAUAUCUACGACCACUACAAUACUGAUGAAGCCGUACAUUUUCUUGGUCUUGGAGUCACCAGGAAAUAUAGAAAGCGAGGGUUUGGGACAUUGCUUAUGGAAAGUGGAAUAAAGUUGGCCAAGAACCUCGGCAUCAGCCCGUGUUAUAUCACAGGUGAAGGUUCCUCGAACUUUUCAAAGAGGAUUUAUGAACGAUUAGGUUUUGACGUUUUGUCUGAAACGGUCUAUGAGGAUUUUGAAAUCGAAGGAAAGAAAGUAAUUCAGAAUACUGGAGAACACAAAUCGAUGAAGAUUUACGGGAAAGCGAUUUAACAUUGGGCAUACAAUGUGCCCCGAUUAAAAGUGUCGUUUUACCAAGUAUCAAAUGUAUUGUAAUGCUUUGUUAUAAACUCGGCUAUAUAAUCUUAUUGUAUUUCCUCAAAUAAACGUUUUUUAAGUUCAUAGACUCAAUAAAUCAAACAUUUGA